AAUUUAAAAAAAAGCAGAUAGGCUUUAAUUUUUAUCAGCUUCUCCAUGCACUCCUGAUGCCUAAAAAAAAUCAUCAUUUAACGUUUUAAAAGCAAUAAGCUGACAAAAAUAAUUUUUUUAAUUUUUUUAACGCACUUUUAUAAAUAUUUUAUAUAUUCAUACAAUUUUAAUUAAAACACCAUCUCUUGAAAAUUUCGCUGUAAAGGAUAAUUAGGCUCAUUAUCAUCAUUUUUUUUCUGCGCUCUCUCAAGUAUUAUAUAUAUAUAUUAGUUUUUUAAGACGAGAAAUGCACUAAAAGGCUCUCAGGCUGGAAUGCGAUUGUGCUCAUUAACUAGUUUCCAAGUGACAAAUUUUAUAUAAAAGAAAGUCGAAUUUCCUGGAGACCUUAACGCCUGCAAGUGGAAUGUGGGACAAUCUGUAAAUGAGGAACAACAGAAGCUCGCGUGAGGUGAAGAGGCUCGACUUGUCAGGUUAUUGGGCUCUUUUCCCGCGGGCUACAGCAACUUGACAAAAACUUCAUGAAUUAAGGCUAAAAAUUCUGCGCCUUUACUUCAGAGGUAAUAAAUCGAGAAUAUAAUUGCAAGACAUUCACGGAACGUUGAACGCUUGACGCUUGAAGGCGCUGCAACAUGCGGUUGGCAGCGAAGCCGGAGGUAGCCGUGCCGACAGGUGGUACCACUAUGCACAGCCGCUCCAGACCCUACCUGUGGAGGCUGUCAUCUGCUAAAAACGUUAACAUCUUUUCUUAACGGCCAAGGGCAGACAGGAAGAGCAGCGUGCGACUGCAGCCACAAGCUCAGGGUGAGCCGAAGAGGUCAGGAGUUUACCUUGUUCCUUGGGAUUGCACCCUACUGGCGACAAAAACGAUAUUUGACCUGUGCACCACCAACCGACAACAGGUGUCGUCGUACACUAGAUCUGCCCGUAGCGUUUUUCUCAUCUCGCGAUUCUGUGGUAAUUUGGCUCUCGCUCGGUUUCCUGUUGACCAUGUCUGCCGGCCCUCUCGAAGGACUGCCAAAGCAGUUUGUCCACGCCAUGAGGACCCUUUUCGACAUCAUGGACGACAAAAAAACGGGAUUCGUGCGAUUUACGGAAAUUGAAAACCGUUGGCGAGAUGAUGGGACCAAAGGCUUGCCAAAGGGCGUCAUUGAGAGUCUCCGCAAAGUCACUCCACCCAAUGGCCUGCUCUCGUUUGAGCGCUUUUGCACCGGUUUAAAAAUCUGCCUGCUGAAAAACCAGAAGGUUGAAGGAAAAUUGGGUGAGGAGCAAACAAGCCGCCCGUCUAGGCCUCCAUCGGCUCCCCUUUUAGAUUUGGAUGAGCCGAAAACUCCCAAGAAAGCAGUACCUUGGGUCCAGCGCCAAAACUAUGCACAUCGAACGGUCAGCAUGCCGCAGCUAGUGGCAAAAGAAUCAAACGAGGAGCAACCCCUGCCCAAAGCAAUCACUCAGGGACCACCCAAACCACCCCGUCUCAGCCUCGGAGCAAACGCAGGUGCCAUAGAGAGAGGAAUCGACAAAUUGGAGAUACGGACAGCUCUUCAAAAUUGGCAAAUGGGAAUUAUUCAAGCAGACAAUAACAAAAAGAAUCUAGUAAACGGUUAUUCGUCUCUUGGAAGAAAUGUUGGACGGAGUUUGGGUGAUGGAAAACCAUCAGGUCAAAUGGAGAAUGCUUUGCAAACACAUAGGAAACCUGGAGGUAGGCGACGUGAUCCGAGAAGACAUACGCUGCAGAAUGGAAUCGAUUAUAACAUGCUACGUCGGAUGAAACAGCUGGAGCAGGAAAAGGAAGUGCUUUUACAAGGAUUGCAAGCAGUCGAGCGGGCCAGGGAUUGGUAUCUGCAGCAGUUAGCGGCUCUUAAUGACAAAAUGCAUUUCCUAGGCCGAGAUGCCACUUACCACUCUGAGCAAUGGUCUGAAGCGCAAAUGGAAAGGCUUGGAAUGCAGCGUGCCAGAGUUCAAGAGGUUAACCGCCAGCUUGCUGCAUUGACAGAUCCGUCUGUACCUUUGCACAUGAAUUUGGCUGUUGGGAACGCUUCAGAAAACUACACGAGCCGUCUCAAACAACAAAACCAUCUUUUGUCCGAGGAGGUUCACAAGAAAGGCGAAAUCAUCACAGCAUUGGAGCGGGAAAAGGCUUCCUUGAUCCGCGAGCUCUUCCAAGCCAGGGCCCAGCAAGAGUUACCUGUCCCCUGUACAUCAUCAUCAAAUGGUAGCCGAGGAGUGCGCCGGCGAAAACUAUUCCGGCGAUGUUUAUGGCAUACAGAGUGAGGUAAAACUGGUUGAUGGACGAGUCGAAAAGAAAAACGGCCAUUGGGAAAAUCAGCUUCAGAGCUGAAUACCAUGUAAAAGCUUCCCAUGACCGCCAGACAAACGCCCCGUUAAAAUAAGUUGCGUACGAGGUGGAGAUGAAGAGGAGUGUGAGGAACACGAGGAAAUAUCGAUGGUUGUGAUGGCCGAUGCAGCAGGCUGUGAAAAGGCAGUGAUGAUCUCUCUUCAAGAUGCAAAUUCCACAGUCCUCACAGUGCCAAGAUCGAGGUGGUACAAAAGACUCGCAAACUGCACACAGAUGCCACCUAAAAAUUAAAAA